UCUUAUUGCUGCUAAUGAGAUUUCUAAGUUUUCCCUUAAUCUGCAUUUUGACUGUUCUUGCGAGCUUCAGGAUUACCUUAAGUUACACUCGUUUCCUUCCCUUUCUUGAUUGUAUUGGCUGUCCCGCGGAAAAAAAAAUAAAGGGUAGAAUGGGCGGGUUAGAUUUUCUAAGGCAUCAAAUAUAAUAGGGAAAAGUUCGGUCAUUACUGCCAUUAACAAAAUCACAUACUUAAGGCUCUUCCAAUGAAAAUUCACAACAGUCAUGGUGAUUCUGAUUUAUGUUUGAGUUGAUAAUAUACUUCUAGAUUAUUUAGUAGUGGACUCUCUGGUAUUUACUAAUUGUAAUAUAAUUCCUACCUUUUGAAUGGUGAUGAUGGCUCUAACUUCACAUAAAACUUGAUAAAAUCAACCAUCAUUAUCAAAUUCUUCUUCCACAUUUGAACCCCGUAUUCUAAAAAUUGAAAAUGUAAAUUUCAGUUGGAAGUAGAGAAACAAUUUUGAUUGUGCUUAUGAAAAGAGGAGGGAUUGGGGUUUGGUGUGAAUACUGCUUUCUAAAUUGGAUACAAGUGGAUCUUGGACUCUUAAAACAUAAUGAGAAGACUAUAGGCGAUACUUCCCAUUAUGAUGCUGUGGCUAAUUCAGCUGCAUCCGGAGUACUGUCUGCAAGCCUUAAUUCUGGUGUUCCAUGCAUAUUUGGUGUUUUGACUUGUGAUGACAUGGCACAGGCUCUCAAUCAAGCUGGUGGUAAGUCCGGAAACAAAGGUGCUGAAGCAGCGCUGACAGCUAUUGAAAUGGCUUCUUUGUUUGAACACCAUCUGAAAUUUUAGGAAGCAGGCGUUGUCCACCAACACUAGAGCUUUGUACUGCUGUAAUUCUCAGCAGGCAGAAUAGGGCCAUCCUGUACACUUGCAAUGAUUGAUUCCUUGCUACAUUGGGUUACAUGGAGUAUUUGUUGGGAUUUUUAUAACCUUAUAAACAGUUUCUUCUAUACUCUCAUGCACUACUUUGGUUUCUAAUUUGAUGUUUGUGUGGAUUUUUGUUAAUUUGUAAACAAACUUGUUGGUGAAACUAGUGCCAGUUUCUUGUCAAGCUUGGUAACUUAA